AACCCGCCCAGCGCCCACCCACCACUGCAUGACUGCCACAUGACGACGCCUCGCCACCAUGCCGCGCCGCCGCCGCUACUCGCCGCGCUCAUCCUACUACUACUGCUCGUCGGGCCCGCCGCCGCGCAGGGGCCGUCGCGGGACAAGGACAACGGCGGCGGAGGAGGCGGAGGGUACAGCAGGCAGACGCAGCCGCCGGGGUUCAGCGCGCCCAUGGUUGUGCUCCUCGUGGCGCUCAUCGCGGCCUUCUUCUUCAUCGGCUUCUUCUCCGUGUACAUGCGGCGGUGCGGGCGGGGCGCCUCCUCGGGCGGCCCGGCCAUCCCAGCCUCCGCGCUGCUCGCGCUGUCGCGGCAGGAGGAGCGGAACCGGCAGCGCGGGCUCGACCCCACCGUGGUCGCGUCGUUCCCGACCAUGAGGUACGCGGAGGCCAAGGAGCUCCGGGUCGGGGGCAAGGACGCCGCGCUCGAGUGCGCGGUCUGCCUCAGCGAGUUCGAGGACGACGAGGAGCUCCGGCUGCUGCCCCGGUGCAGCCACGCCUUCCAUCCGGACUGCAUCGGCGAGUGGCUCGCCGGCCACGUCACCUGCCCCGUCUGCCGGUGCAGCCUCGACCCCCAGGAGCUCGCCGCGGCCGAGGCGAACAGCUCCGGCGAGCUGGCUGGGGAGGACCAGCAGGCGGAUUCGGUGGCUAUCGACGUGAGCUGCGACGGCGCCGAGGAGGAGGACAGGAGGAGGGAGGAGGCGAUGGAGCUGGAGCGGAUCGGGAGCCAGCGCCGCGCGGUGCGGUCGCGGUCGGGGCGGCCGCCGCUGCCGCCGCCGCUCGUCCCGCGGUCGCACUCCACGGGCCACUCCCUCGCCACGCGCCUCGACGGUGACCUCGAGCGCUUCACGCUGCGGCUGCCGGAGCACGUGCGCAGGGAGAUGGUCGCCGCUGGCGAGGAGAGCCUGCGCCGCACGGGGCCGGCGGAGCGGGACCGGGACCGGGACGGCAGCGCCGGCGCCGCCCGAAGCGCGCGGCUCGGGCGGUCGGACCGGUGGCCGUCGUUCAUCGCGCGGACGCUCUCGUCAAGGGUCCCGUUCUGGUCCGCGUCGAGGAGGGUGCCGGUGCCCGACGCGGGGGAGCCCGCCGUGGCGGCAGGGACGACGACGGAAGCGUCCCCGAGGACCACCAAGCGUGAGAAAACGGCCAACGCGGCGGACGGCGGCGCCGUGACCCCGCCCAAGGGGAGCGUCCGCUUCGACUGCCUCGGCGGCGCCGCCACUGCCGUCUCCGGCGCGAGGGUCGGCGCCGCGGCCGGCGACAGCGAGACCGAGGACGACGACGAGGAGAAGGCGAUCGCCCGGCAGCGGCAGGCCUGAUUCGCGCCACGCAUCGCGCGCGUGUGUUCGUCGAUCCACACCACUGACUACGGCGAGACGGCGACGCACGUCGCACGGACGCGGCACAUGGUAGCGUAUCAAUGCGCGGCGAGGCGAGGCGCCGCGGACUAUCCAUGGCCAUGUGAUCCACGAGACGAAGCUGCUCGCGCGCAAAUGUGAACGCGCCGCGGGAACGACGACUCCGUUCCGUUGGAAACGGUUUCAUUUUCCAGUUUUUACUCUUCUGCGUGCUGUAGUACUUUAGAAAAAUGAGAAUGCGAAUACGAGACGUAGAGGAGUUCUUGAUUAUUCUUUUCCGUUGCCGUUGAAAAAUGGGGCGAAGUCGUUGUAAAGAUAGGAGCUGAAGUUAGGCUUGGUAAGCUGAGAAAGUAUUCAGUUCAAGAAGAUUCAAAAGGUUUACGA